AUGAACCACAUAGUCUCCUCCUCUUGCCUGUCACACCUCUCCCCUGUUCUCUCCUGUCAGACUGGGAACCUCAGCCAAUGUGAUUCUGCACCUUUUGUACCAGGCUACAACCUGGUAGGGGAGGGUUUUGAUGUGGUCACCCUGCAACGAAAAGGAGCCUAUGUGGUGGAUGUGAAGACCUACCUGACUCCAAAUGGCACCUGCACUCUCAAGCCAAACCCUCUUCACGGCAACAGGCUGGAGAAACUGCCAGUCUCUGCAAUAGACUGGCGUGCAUUCACCCGCUGCAACUAUCACCUCUACAGCAGCCAACGCGCCUCCAUGAGCUUACUGCUUCAUGCUUAUACCUACGAGGAAAGUGAUGACUGGAUGGUUGGCCUAAAUGUGGGAAAGUUUGUGUCUGCUGGCCUGGAGGUGGGAGGAACACGCUCCAGAGUGUAUAACUUUGCUACAGCCAAGACCAGACAGGACCGUUACACCUUCCACAUCCACAGGGCCACGUGUAGACAUUACAGUUACCGUGUGUCAAACACACCACCCCUCAGUUCUGAGUUCAGUAAGGAUUUGGCAAAACUUCCCAGUCACUACAGCCCCUCAACCAAGGCCCAGUACAGGCGGAUCAUAGGGACCUACGGCACACAUUACAUCCGCCAGGUUGAUCUCGGGGGGCGAUACCGGCGGGUCACAUCUGCACGUACCUGUUUGUCCACACUGAAUGGCCUCACCUCGUCUCAGGUGCACAAGUGCUUAUCCGCGGGUGUCAGUAUAGGCCUGGGGAUGUACAGCCUGCCCAUUGGUCUAAAAUUCUGCAACACAGUCCUACAGAACCAGGUCGUCUCUGCUUCAUACAGCCACAGACUCCUUGAACAUUACACAGAGGUGGUAGGGGGCAAAGGUUGGAAUGGGGAGUUUGCACUCACCCAUAACAACUCCCAGGGCUACCAAAAGUGGCUGACAACCCUCAAAGAUCACCCUGAUGUUGUUCAGUACUCCCUAAGACCAUUGUAUGAGCUGUUGCCAAACUCAAACCAAAAGUUAGCAAUGAAGGCUGCCACAGAGCAGUACUUAAAAGAGAACGCCGUCAAGACCACAACCACACAACCAUCCUGUAGCAGCCACAGCUCUAACCUGGAUUCCAAGACCUGUUGUCCUAAACAGGCCUGGAGGGGAACACUGGUGGUGACCAUCAUCCGGGCCUGGGGUCUGAAAGGAGAUUACUGGGGCACGACUGAGGGGUAUGCUAAGUUGCGUUAUGGCUCCAUCUAUCACAAGACCCGUGUGAUCAAAUCAAACUACCCUCGCUGGGACGCACGUUAUUAUCUGGGCGAGGUGGACACACACUUGGGUCUGAAGAUUGAAGUCUGGGAUGAAGACUGGGGCCGGGAUGACUAUCUGGGCUCAUGUGUGAAGUACCUGACCCAGGGGACACACACAUUCUCUUGCUCUGCUAAGGGAGGUGGCUUUCAGUUCCAGUACACUCUGACCUGUGCCCCUAAACUGACUGGAAGCAAGUGCGACCAGUACAAACCAUCUCCACAGUGAGAAAUGCAUUCUGGGUGGCACACUCUGUCGCUUCUCUUUAAUCAAGUGUGAAAUCAGAUCUUUUAUUAAAUGCAAUGAACCAGACAGUCACAUAGCUUUUAAGUAAAAUGACUGUCACUCUAUUCAGUUUUAUAUUUGGACGAUACAAAUCAAUGGCGCAUCAACUUCUAUUGAGCCCUGAGUCAGAGCAGUUACAGGUACUGAAAGCAGCUCAUCCCUAGAAGCUCAUGUACAGGAAACAAAGGCUAUCAUUCGCUUGAGGAGCUUGGAUGGCAUGGUCCCUCUCAUUGAACUGAAAAACUGUGUAUAUUCCUCAUGAUCCCUGGCUUUCAGAACCAGAAGUGCUGUCACUGUAACAAACAUACCAAACUCUGUUUAUAAUUCAUGAUAUUUUAAAAGUUUCCUUGCUUAAUAUCAGAGAUGAAUGCUGGCUCAGGGCAAGUGUGAAUGACAGAGUCCCCAUUCUCCCUAUUACAGUCAGUGUACCAUCAAAAUGUUUUGGAAGUUGCUAUUUUAAGGUGAAAUAGUUGCAUAAUGUUGCUUUAAGUCUAUAUUCAGAAUCAUGUGUGUUUUCCAACUUAAAUUCAGUUUAGUAUACUGUUAUUCCAAGAGUAAAGUCAGUUUGUGGGAGAUAGUAGUCCUUUUUGUUCCUGUUUUGAUUUUGCUGGUGAGACCACAUUUGAAUCACAGACUGUGCCUUUGUCAUAUAAAGAAGCUGCUGUUUCUCAUGCCAAUAAAGACUUGCGAAGCAAGUAAAGUUGUUUUUUAAGGUUUUAAGGAGCAGUGGUAAGUCCAAGUCCAAUUAUUUAGAAAUAUAUACACAUGAGCACUAUGCAAAUUUAAAGUAUAACAGUCUUACAAGAAAGAACCACAAUAUAUAUAAAAAAAAAAAACAGUGCCAUAAGAUUCAGCGAUGAAGGGCCCAUGUUUGCUGACAUUGUUCUUCAACAUUUCAAAUUCAUAAAAAUAAACAGCCAGUUGUUAGAAUGUGA